UAGAAUAUAUUCAUAGGGACUUAGAGAUGGUGUUUUUGUAGAAGGUGAUGGUGCCUUCACAAAACUCUAAUACAUCCUCUGAUGUUUAGACGCUUCUUCUCUUUGUGCCAACAUGAAAACCGAUUACUCCAUGGCAUUAUAUACAAACGGAAAGUAUUUUUAAAAGAUUUUUUUACCAUAAAAAAAAGUCUUCGAAUCCUCCAAAAACACAGGUGACUUUUGUAUCCGGCUUGAUUGACAGACGGCAGCUUCCAAGACCUCUGAUUGGCUUCCUCGGGCAAUUACCGCUGAGUUUCAAUUCUGCAUCUGACUGGUGCGCGAUCGAAUAGUGUUUUACGGUGUUAAAACUGUUAAGGAGUCAGGCAUUGAAGGUGGUCUCAAAAUUGUGCCAUUCAACUUGGUCACUUUGUGUGUCUAUUAUUGGUGACUGCCGGCCGUGUUAGCACAGUCCUCCUGAAUACUACACAUGUGGGAUUGUUGUUGAUGUGCAGGUUGAAUAGGACUACAGCAAGAUAAACAUGGGCUCUGUUAAAUCGUCUUUAAACUUAUUUAUUCUCGACUUGAAUACUAUAAGUGUAAUGUUGGAUGUGUAGUCGUCAUUGGAUAGUUGUUUGUUGAUGUUCGGCGGCAAAACUCUUAGGCGAAUAGUCUAACUCAUCAUGCCAAUUCGAAGGGGUCGAUUUGCUCCGCAAAAUACGUUCCUGGAGACGAUUGCUCAGAAAUUUGACCAUGGAAAUAGUAACUUCGUAUUGGGAAGCGCACAAGAAAAGAACGACUACCCGAUAGUCUACUGUAGCGAUGGUUUUUGUGAACUAACAGGAUUUUCGAGAAGCGAUUUGAUGCGACGAAGUUGUGCCUGUAACUUUCUAUACGGCUUAGAAUCCAAUCAGGAUGACAUCCAGAGUAUAGAAAACGCUCUAAAAUCGCAAAAAGAAUUAAAAAAAGAAAUCCUGUUUUACAAGAAAAAUGGCUCCCCAUUCUAUUGCUUACUGGACAUUGUACCAAUCAAGAAUGAAAAGGGCAACGUGGUACUUUUCCUGGUAUCUCACAAGGAUGUCACCAAGAGGAAACUAAGUGGUGAAAUAAUACACGACGAUGACCAAGCUACUUCGAAUGGGGGUGGUAAGACGGCUUCAAAGAGCAAACUAAGUCGAUCGAGGUCCAGAAAGUUCAGCCGAGAUGUACUGCUUCAUUUGUCGCGUCAAUACCAACAAAGCAGUAACCCAACAAAGACCACAGCCAGACGGUCCGUCAAACGAUCACGGUCAUUUUCGUUCACAUCUGAAAGACUUCCACAAUACAAAAGAGAAUCCACCAAGAAAUCCAAGUUCCUUUUCCUUCACUACAGCAACGAGAAGGGCCUUUGGGACUGGUGGGUGUUGGUGCUAACGUUCUACAUCGCCAUAAUGGUUCCGUACAACGUCGCCUUCAGCCGGCACGGCAAGACGAAAGACCUCAUCAUUGUCGACAUGGUUAUCGAACUGUUUUUUAUUCUUGACAUAGUAGUUCAUUUUCGUACGACUUUCGUCGAUAACGCUGGUCGGAUAGUGUACGACCAAAAGGCUAUAGCCAUUCACUACCUCAAGGGAUGGUUCGUAUUGGAUUUUUUGGCAGCUUUGCCGUUCGAAGCUCUGUACUUCGUCAACCAAUCAUGGGCAGGUUCAGCUUUUGAUAGAAAGGGUUCUGCGUUCAAAGAGGGUUUUCUAGUUCAACUUUUAAAAUGUGGCCGUCUUCUUCGUCUAUUCCGCGUGGUUCGCAAGCUGCAUCGCUACACCGAGUACAGCACUGUUCUUCUUACUCUUCUUAUGUUGGCCUUCGCCAUGGUCGCUCAUUGGUUGGCCUGCGUGUGGUAUGUUAUUGGUCUAGAGGAGGUCACCGAGAAAUCAACAAUAAGCUGGUUGUACCAGUUUGGAGAGACAAUCGAAAGACCCUUUGUUAACUUUUCGCUUGAAAGUGGUCCUGACGAAGGAUCGGCUUAUGUCACUUCGUUGUACUUCACAUUGACCAGUAUGACUACGGUGGGAUUUGGUAAUGUGUCUGCUAAUACUAAUGCAGAAAAGGCAUUUGCAGUCAUCGUGAUGCUCAUUGGUGCUCUUAUGCACGCAGCAAUAUUUGGGAAUGUUGCAGCAAUCAUCCAGAAGUUAUACGCAAACAGAGUUCGCUACCAUUCUCGAGCCAACGAAAUCAAACAGUUUAUUCGGGUACAUCAUAUCGACACUGAUUUGUCAAAUCGUUUGGAAGACUAUUUUCAUACCACGUGGUCAAUCUCAGGGGGCGUGGACACGAGGGAGAUCCUUGCCACCUUCCCAACAGAGAUCCAAUCAGAUGUCUGUAUGCAUCUUUACAAGGGAUUGCUAGAACUGCCAUUGUUCAGUCAGGCGCCAAGGGGUCUAGUACGUAUGUUAUCGCUGCAGGUUCGGCCGGUUUACGUUGGACCAGGAGAAUACCUGUUGAUGCGAAAUGACGUUGUAAACUGUAUUUAUUACAUAGCAAGUGGAUCCAUGGAGGUCCUACAAGGAGAAUCAGUGGCAGCUAUAUUAGGUAAAGGUGAUUUAUUUGGUGAAGAUAUUUCCAGGAAGAUCCCCAUAAGAAGAUCUAAUGGUGAUGUCAGAGCAUUGACAUAUUGCGAUAUCUACUAUAUAACACGUGAUCUGCUCCAAGAAGUCUUGCAUUUGUACCCUGACUUUUCGUACAAAUUUGCAGAGAAACUGGAGCUUACUUAUGACCUCGGUGCGAGUGAGCGUGAUAUCUGGCGACGAGGUGGUCUUGAUUCCAUAUCAGAAGAUGAAGAAGAAGAAGAAAAUGAAGAGGAAACAAGUGAUUCUCCAGAAACAGGAUCUGAUGCCAAUAACAUGGCCAGUAAAUUUCCAGUUAGGAACCGUUUUACAAAACGCCUCAAUCCCUUUAGCCCCAAUGAAUCAUGGCGGAUGUACUCCAGGCCACAAUUUCAAAGACAUAAUCGCUUUGGUUUGAACGAAAACCAACCAUUGCUCAAUCCUCCACAAGACAAUUUAGUACCAAUAAGCGGAAUUAAAAUUUUACAACCAUCAAAAAGGCAAAUCUCUUUUGAUACCAAAACUAUGGAGCAGAAAGAUUCAGAAAUGUGUGAGGAGGCUGUUGAAUGUGAUACAAACCUCGAAUGGGAGCAGGAAACGUUUACUCUUAAGGAGGAGAAAGAAGAUGAGGAGGAGAAUGAUGAACUUGUGGACACACAAUCCAACAACCAUGAGCUUGCUUCAUUAAGAAACAGUGUCGAAAGUCAUGCUAGUAUCACAGAUGACGAUUACGAAGACUGCGAUCGCCAUAAUGGACCAGAGACGAGCUACAGACUUGCGAAAGAAUCAUUCUUGAAGCACUUGAGGUUAGGUACAGAAGACCACGACCACGAUGAAGAGAUGAGUUAUUAUCCACAAAAUUCCAUCAACAGAUCCGAACAUGAAGAUGAACCAUACAGAAAAAGUGUGGAAAAUUACGACGAUGACCAAACAUACAACGAUCGAGAAGACCUCAUAGGAUUCACUGAGUUUGCAACACCAAACCGCACCCCAUGUUCAAGCCGUCAACUAACGCGUUCACCUAUGCUCGUCAGUCCAACACAUAGUUUGAAUUUCAGACGUUCUUCUAAAUCUCAAACUGCACGUAAUAAAUUGCGCAGAGAUCAUUCGGACUCAGCUUUACUUAGAAGCCCAACAGAGGGAUCGAGAAAAGAAUUUGAUCAAAAGUUGCCAAGAUUUUACUCUGGAGACCAUGAGAGACAAGCGAAGUAUGUUCGUAGCAGCGAGGCGUUGCGUGCCAAACCGAUGAACGAGUGCUCUACGUCUCCGAAGCAAAGUAUUCAUCAUGAUGACAAUUCACGGCAUAGCUUGUGCCCCUCUUCAACACUAGACAGUCCCUAUGUAAGCAUUAAACGAUUGUUUGCGUUAACACCUCCCCCACGGGACGACUUUGUUGAGUACCCUUCAAACGAGGACGUGAUGUGCUACGGUGCUCCAAGCCGGUCUGAGAGUCCAUCGAGAUUUAGUGAUUCAGGUAGGAGCCCUAGAAAUUCCUUGCGACGAAAUAUGACAUCUAGUUUUACUUCUCCCGCGAGCUCCUGUGGAGGGCUUAAUGAGGAGAAGGAUAGACGACCAUCAUCAAGGCGAAGAAAAAUGUCGACGGCAAACGCUCCACCGCCAUUAAUAUUUGCUAGUUUAGUAGCACAGGCUUGUAAAAGUCCAUAUGCAGACUUUGUGCCACCUAAGAUUGUACGGGAAUCUACCAUCACCUGUAACUGUGAAGAGGAAGAAAGCUGCGAAGCAUGUGGCGAUAAGGAUUCCGUUGGUGGGACUCCGAACGGUAAUCUAAGCAGCAAUGAAGAAUUAAGAGAUGGCUAUGAGUCUUGUGUUAUGGAAGAUGUUGGUCGCCGUAGAAAAUCUGGCGAAAGGCUGGAACUUUCGUCUACUGGAAAAGAAUGCUCUCCUGAUUUUGUUGUGAACAUGAAUGCAAAACAUGAAGAGUUGAAUUCUCAGACGUGCGACGUUCAAAAUUCGAUUCCUAUAGAAACAACCGAUAGAGUAAAUUACCAAAAAGAUAAUGUCACACCAAGUUAUGAGAGAAGAAAGCGACCCCUCUUCACGAGAGAUGCUGCAGUGUAUUCUUCGUCAUCACAAGUAGAUGAAUUGGAGUCGCUCAACACCCCGAUAGACUCCCCUUGUCUACUCAAAAAGAUGUUCCACACAGAAAGUGAAUGUUCUACAAAAGAAAAAGAUGAGUACAAUGUCGGUGAUUGUGCAACGGGUUCACAGUAUGGGGAACCAAGAUUAUCUCUUGGUUACGAUCAACGCUUAGAUAAGAACAGUGAGGGUACUUUCCCAACUGCUUUUAAAUCGGAAGAAGCUACCGAUAUUCCUCCAUUUUUCGAUGAGGUUUUUGGUAAGGACAAGAAAAACGUAGGUUCUCUAGGACAUUCAAAUGCAGAUUCUGCUACAAACCGUCUUCACAUAGGCACAAAUAGUCACAGCCCUUCUUCGAUGUCUUCUCUUUCCUCUCCACUAUCACAAUCUGCCGGAAUACACACUUCUGCCACGGAUCUGAGUCAUUGCGAGAGCAGCAACUCAAACCUAGAUAUUCAUUUUCCAGAGCAUUACUCUGAAUCAGAACGUUCUUAUCAUACACGAAAACCUACAAUUUCUGGAAUACACUCAACUCACUCACUCGAAGGAGUUCCUAAUCCUAGGCGACCUGCAGACUUGAAUGUUAGAACGAUGAGAAAUAGUUAUUCUGAACCGCACUUACAGUCUCCAAUUAGAAUUUUUCCAAGACUGGAAAACCUUGAUGAUGGAGACAUGUUGAGCGACUUACAGCUAGAAGACAUCUUCAAAGAUGUUGUCAACACUAAACAAGCUAUGGAGCGCUUACAAAUGAUUCUCUCGUCUCCUGAGCCGACUAUGAGCUCAGACUUAGCAGAUACAAAGGAAACUGUAAAACGACUAGAUCAACAGGUUCUGCACUUAAACCAAGACCUGGCCUCCCUCAGAGGAGAUGUAAAGAUGGUAUUAGAAUUGUUAAAAGGCCUCAAAAAUGGCCAAACAGUUCACCCUUGAUGUGUGUUUUACAAUCAUUUCCAAGAAAAUGAAAUAAUAAUUAUAGUAGCCAUGUUUACUGAGAAAUUGUGUUUCAAAUUCAACCAACAUGGUGGCUAUGAAAACUAGCAAUAAACUAGUUAUAACAGACUAAAUGAUAUAAAUGGCCGCCAUGCUGGCUGACAUAACAAAAGACUUCUGGCAAAUCUUUUGCCAUGUUCAACCAAUAUGGCAGCUGUGAAAACACAAUUAAUCCUGAAAAUUUUCAAAUGUUAUUUAAACAAUUCAAUACUUUAUAUACGAAAUUUGAUAAAAUCCCAUAUCAUUUACAAAUUAUUAAAACGUUUAUAAUUGCUAAAGCUAAGGUUCUAAGAAACAUUCUAACAGUUAUGUUCAUGUCUUCAAAAUACGUGUCUUCAAGAUACAUACCGGCUGGAAUGUUAAGAUUAAUCUAAAAAAGUCUAUUUAAGGUAUCUCGUAUAUUAAUUGGCAGAACACGGCAACUGGAUAUUGAAUUCAGAACAGAAGAAGAGGCGGCAUGAAGCAAGAAUCUGUAUCAAAUUUCAGUGUUAGAAUGGAACAAUUCCUCUUCUACUGCUGUGAGACUUGACUGCAGCCUCGUUUGUACAGGUCUUCCGUAUUGUAAACAAUGUGCAACUUGAACACUACUAUUCCUUUGAAAUUCCACAGACUUUAAAUUUUAAUCAAUUUCUAUGAAUAGCUAGCUUAUAAAAGAGGCUAAAACUGUACAAAUGAGUCUUUGGUCUUCAAAAGCAGUAGUUAAGAAUAGUAAAAGCACAUCGCUUACGAAAACACUUGAUUCUCCGUCGAUCACACUGAUGACGUUGCAAAAGUUGCGACAGGCUCGAAUUUAACGGGGAGCUCUAUUCUGAGAUUUAACUGUUGAGCAGUUAGAAUGACUUGGAAAUUAAACAAAACUUCUGUACAAAUUAUGGCAAGAAUAUGUUGAAGUCGCGACGCAUGCUUAAUUGACGCAUGCUUAAUUGACGCUCAAAUCAACCAAAGGACAAAUUACAUCCUGUAUUUUUACUAUUUUCAAAAGUUUGACAAGUGCGGCUAAGUAAAUGAGCUUUUAACAAGAGAUCGAUAGCUGGAACUUGAGCGAUCUCACACACUUGUUUUGACUUUCUACUAACAACAUCUUCUUUUGGUUAAGGGAAAUUUGGCUCAAACGUUUAGGAUCUUUACAUAAUAAAAACCCCGGAAUCGCCUCAGUUUAAAGCCCUAGCCCUAACCCUGGAUAGACCGAUGACUAGAACGCGUUUACUUGGAGACGAAAACCACAUGAAAAAAGAAGCCGUUUCUAGUAGAAUGCUCACAACUUAUAUGUGAAACAGUGCUAAAUAUAUUUUGAACUAAAUAGUACAAAAUAGUGCGUCGCAAAGUUUAGAGUGAUUUUCCACAGACCGCAUUUGAAACAGUUCUUGUUCUAGUGGUUAGUGAAUAACAGUCAAAUAGACACAAAAGAAAACUGGUAUUAAGUCAGACCUACUAUUUUUAUUAUUCUACUAAUUAUUUCACGUGAGGGUGUGAGGAAAACCACUCUGAUUGUUUUCUAUUGUUUCGUCAGUUCUAUUUUAGUAAUAAAUAGUGCUAGUUAUGCA